AUGCUACGCAAGCCCUCGAAGUCGAGUUAUACCGCACCAAAGAGUUGGCGGCCAGUGGCGUUACUGUCAUGCCUGGGCAAGGUACUUGAAAAGAUCAUUGCGAAUAAAAUACGAGAUUUGGCAGUAGAGCACAACUUGGUACCGAAAUAUCAAUAUGCGGCCCCAGGCCGAAGCACGACACACGCUCUCCAGUUUCUAGUCAAUAUCAUCUACCGCGGCUGGUCCUUCCCCAAGGUAUCUGGCUUGCCGAGAUUUGUGCGGCGUAGGGUCGUCAGCCUCCUAGGCUUUGAUAUCACCUGGGCGUACGACCGGAUUCCUUGUGAACGGCUUCUCGAAGCGCUGUUGAAGAAGAGAAUGCCCUACUGGAUUGUCCUGUUCUGUUGGUCCUUUCUCUCGGACCGCACUACCAAUCUACGGUUCCCCGGUUACGAGUCGGAGUGCUAUGAGAUCGAUGUCGGCAUCCCACAGGGGAGCCCGCUUUCUCCCAUCCUCUUUCUGUUGUUCAUCGCUGGGCUCCUCGAGUCAAAUGAGGGGCUUGCAAAUCCCUUCGGCCCUGACGUGGAGUUCUACAUCUUUGGGUACGCCGACGAUCACUACAUCGUCGCCAUAUCCCCCGACUACAAGACCAAUUGUGCCGUGUUUCGGGUCGUGAGUGAUGUGAUUAUGGGAUGGGCGAGAGAGAACGACGUCACCUUCAACCCAGCCAAGUAUAUUGUCAUGCAUUUUCGAGCGCCGCGCACUCGUGACCUACGUUCCAUCGAGCGGAUUCUCCGGAAAGAGAAUGCGAAAGACUGCAAAGCGCAUGGCCUCAAGCAAGCCACGGCACCGACGUUGCUUAGGCCCGUGUCCUACGAAUUGCCCGAAAUAGAGGGAGUAACACCGGAAGCUCUCGUCACGGAGACGAGGAUCCUCGGUGUAAUCGUCGACGACGAGCUCACCUGGGACCCUCAUAUCAACACGCUGAAGAGCAAGGUAUAUACCAAGCUGGGCUACAUGAAGCGUAUCAGCGGGCCGACGUGGGGUAAGACAUUAUGGCAGAUGAGGCAGCUCUAUUUAACCUCAAUACGCCCCAUCAUCGCCUACGGCUGCGGCGCAUGGUUCUCUCCACCGGGCGAGAACCGGAUCAAGUGGCGGCUGACCAAGAAUCGAAUGGCUCAGCUUGAGAGCUUACAAUACCGCUGCCUAUUGGUCGUAUCUGGAGCCAUCAGCGGAACUUCACGUCAAAUGUUGCUCACUGAGUUGGGUAUACCCAGUCUAGAAGUCUACCUCGGGCAACAGGCCAAGAUCUACCGUAUACGGAUGAUCGAUACUCCCGAGUAUAAGGAGCUCGAGCGGAUUCGUUUGAGGUCACCUCUAGAUAGGGUAAAGACUACACGCGACAGGCAUCCCUUCCAUCUCCUAUUCUGUGAGGCUAAUGCCUCAAUGCGGUUGGUAGAGAAGAACGAAUUCACAACAUUGAAAGCCGAAUUCGCAAAAUCGAACGGCAAACAAAAGGACUUCUCUCCUAGCCGACAACAGCUCCGGGAAGCCAUCAAACGCUUCGUCUCGAGGGAAGCGGAUGAUAGGUCCAAGUCAGAGUGGAAAAGCUACGUUGACGAGCACGAAAAGGGCCUUCGUACCUUCAUGGACGGCUGGGUUGAUCACCCAGGCUUCCAGUUGGUCAACCCGCAGUGGGAUCACAACAACUUCAAGCUGUACAAAGACCUUCGGCGUGCCGAGAGCACGAUGCUUUUGCAUUGCCGUACCUGCCGCAUCGGACUCCGCGAUUACCUGCACUCCAACCGCAAGAUCACCAACGACGAGAUCCCUGAUGCGCAGUGUCCAUGCGGGACUGGCAAGCACACUGCGCUCCAUUUAUUCCUGGAGUGCCCAAACUUGAACCGUGCAAGGCAGCGCCUGACGGCCGAGUUGCACCAGUAUGAUCUUUCAGCCCGACUAGGGAUAUUGCUGGGGAAACCAAAGGAAGCAGGAAUCCUCGCGCGGUGGGCAAUUCAAAAUUUCGGGAUUGAGCAAUUCAAGUGCGUGCCCCCGCCAGACAAGAAGGGCAAUACGAACUACAAACGCAAGCACCACAACGCGCACCACAACGCGCACCACAACGCGGAGCACAGGCGUAAGAAACUGAAGACACAUCAUCAGUGA